AUGAGAAUAGUGAGGAACAACAUGGAAAAAGCGAAGGUUGAAAUUUUAUCAUACAAAUCGAGUAUGGUUGUGACUAAUGACGCUAGUGAUGAUAAUGAUAAUGAGGUUUCUUUGUGCGAUAUUUCGGUAUUGGACCCCCUUCAAAGGAAAGAAAAGGAAACAAAUUAUGGAAGGCUUAAAAGCUCAAGUGAGAAAAAGAAGAAAAACUCUAAGAAAGGAACACCCCAACGCGAACUUUGUAAUGUAGAGUUGAUUGUCCAAGCAACACAUAAUGAAACUCAUUUCCCAAAUUAUUCGAGUAAUUCAGAUCAGUUUCGAAAUGCCUUUUACACUAGCAACAUUGGUAAUCCUACAGUAAAUCUAAAUUUUCAUAAUCAGAUGCAACAGCCACCAUACAUCAUGCCGUCGGAAAUUAUGAAUGAAUUUUGCCUAUUCCCUAGUCAGAUUCAAUCACCAUACAUCAUGUCGCCAGGAAUUAUAAAUGGAUUUUCCUCAUUCACUAGUGAGAUGUUGGAGUACCAUAAUAGAUCUCACAGAACCAUUUCAAGUUAG